AUGAUCGAGAAGAUCUACGGACUCGCAUCGAGUGGGACUGAGACCGUUCCGGGUUUCUUCACUAGUCUUAGUUGGAGUGGUGAAACCAUUGUGACACGUAGGAUAUCUUCGAGGAAUAACGACAACGUACCAGCACCGUUGACCCCGCAACGACGUGCCAGGCUCCAUUGUCCUAUUCGACAUCCUGGAAGGAACAAUCGUCCAUUGGGUAGCAUACAAACUUCGGGCCAUGAUCGUCGUCACAAUUGUUCGAGAUGCGGCAAGAGCUAUAAAAACGCCUAUAUACUUAAGAGACACUUAUUGUACGAGUGCGGCAAGGCACCAUCAUUCAGUUGUCCCCAUUGCCCCUUCAGUUCGAAAUACGAAAGGAAUUUGAAAGCCCAUAUUAAUCAUCGUCACAUGGACGUAAUACAAUCCGCCCAAUCAGCGGCCACUGCGCUCAAUCAAAGAAAAAUGAAAAUGAAAGAAGUAGCUAUUGGAAUUUCAAUGGCAAGAUUCUCGUCCCAUGGUGAUUUCAUCCUGAAGCCAUUUCCAUGUCAUCAGUGUCACAGAUCGUAUAAAAACAAGGGAAGCCUGAAACGUCAUCUUGAAGACGAGUGUGGGAAAGAACCCAAAUACAUCUGCACCAUCUGUGACAAGGGAUUUCAUCAGAAAGCGAACUUUAAGCGUCACAAAUCCACGAUACACGAACAUAUUUGAUUCAUUAAUCCGUGAAAAUAAAAAAUCACGAAUCAUUUACAACGAAAGAAAAGAAAAGAAUAGAAAAACAAAAUAAAAUACAAUAAAAUAAAAUACAGUAAAAUAAAAUAAAAUAAAAUAAAAUAAAAUAAAAAGACAGGCCACGCGAUAAAAUCGUGUGACACGUAUGUAAGUACGAACGACGAGGCCCGAUAAAAAAAAAAAAAAAAACAAAAAUUAACUUUUCUUUUCUCAAGAUUUAACCGUAUCUUUUCAUUGUUUUAUUGAUAAUUUGUUUCACGAGUCGCUGGUUGAUUUGUCGAAAUAUAAUAAUAAGAAGAAGAAGAAGACAAAGAAGAAGAAGAAGUAAACAAAACUUAUAGAGUAGAAA